UGCCGCUGCCAUGGCUGAGGAAGGAGCCGCCAAGCUGCGCCUCAAACCCAGGAAGGCGCCGACAGCCUGCGGCCCGGAGCGCCAAGCAUCGACUGACAGAAGUUCCUGGUUUGAAAGAAAUGAUUUAAAUGAGUAUGAAAAAACAUGGAGCUUGCUACUGAGGAACAUCAGUCAAGAUUUGCAAUGCACAAGCUGGCAAACAGUGCCUAAUUUUCCAGAGUUCUUCAGAAAGAGCUCUGAGGAAGAGAGUCUACAAAAACAAGAAGUUUUCAAAAUUGGAAUGACAGACUUUCACUGGACAUCGUUCCCAUCCUUUCACAAAGAACAAAAUUUUAAACCAGAAGAUUUUAGCUCCCCUCAGCUAAUAGAAACACAAACGGAGCAUCUACAUGAAGAAUGGUACCAAGAAGAUGAACUGAAAAGUUUACCUUCUACAUCUGAGCAAAGAUGCUUUAAAACUAAUACAGAUCCAAAAAACAUGGCUGGGGAAGACAGGGGAGGUUUUUCCAAGGCAGAUGUAGAUCUCAAGCCAUUUAAAGACACUCAGCAUAAAACUUCUACAUGCUACCUGGCAUCGUCACAAAGAACUGUAAAAGCUCCAAGCAUUCAACAGCACUGCAGAGAGACUGUGCAGAACAGUGAGGAGAACAGAAAACAAGAGAAAAGAGAACUUCAAGCUCAAAUGCAUCAAAGCAGUAUUUCACUUGGUGAGACCAGAAGCGUGCCUGCAGAAAGGAAACCUCUGGUGAGUAUGGCUGGAAACGAGAGCUGCAAGGAGAAUUCUGGACAGCAGAGUGAAGGAUCUUCAACUCUGGACAGCUGCCCAAUGUGUCUGAUUCGUUUCAGUGAAACGCUGUCACAAUUGGAUAUCGAUGGCCAUCUUGCUAGAUGCUUAUCUGAAAGCACAGAUGAUAUCAUGUGGUAAUCCAGAAUAACGGAGAGCAAAGGGACAAAGUUGAGUAUGAACCUUUCUCAAAGGAAAAGGAAAGAUGUGUCAAGGAAACAUGUCCUUGUCUCAAACUUCCUGAAAUAUCGUAGAUCAUGAACUGAAAGGGAAGGUCAAGUGCCACCUGCCUGUUGUUUGGGAUCAUUUUAAAUCCUCUCACAUAUAACCAAAAUAGCUGAGAAAAGCACAUACAACUGCCUUCACAGAACAUGAAAAAGAGCUCAACAAACCAGUAUCUGAAGUUAUGUCUCAGCAAACCUUUCUUCUGGACCUCAAGAGCCAGCAGUUCAGAUGUGAGCCAAGUCCAUUGAAUAAACAGAUAACAGUAUUGAAGUACAGGCAUAAUUCUGUAGGUUAAUUUACAAUAAGGUCGCUUUAAAAAGUGCAAGUUGGACAUAGUUUACUGAUAAAUAAUAACAAUUAACUUUUUCAUUAAAGUCUUUAAUAGAUGUGCAAGAAUAUAAAUGAUCUUAGCUGUUAUGGAUUAGUAUACCAUCUUCUGCACAAAUAAAACUGGUCAAAGAUCCCAACUAAUUAAUUAUACAAAACUACAAGAACAUAUUUACUGUUUUACAAUCAUUAUAUUAGCUAGAAUUUUCAUUUACUAUUUCAAAUAAGACAACUAUAUAUCAUAACCAGAUCCAUUUGCAAUAUAUUAGGAUUUUUUUUUUAAACCACACAUUUAAUUACAUCCUUCAUUUUCUUUUAUUUAUAAAACAAGUACUUUAUAUAAAAAAUUUCCCCUCCAUUAUGAACAGAACAUUAUUCAUACACUUGCACAUGAGCAACCAAACUUGUAUCCAGCAAACUAUUUGGCAACACAGCAACAUUGUAAAUGCCUGUAAGUUUUUAAAUAAAUCAAGUAUUCUUUA